AUGUACUCAGAUGAAUGCUUUCUAGGAGCGGCUUGGUCAGAACGUGGCCCCACCAUGGUACAACAAUUUCUCACGAAGAGCGGCCUACCGUGGCUGGCAACUCCCGGAGGCAAAGGAGUAUGCAGUGAUACACACCCACGGUUUGAAACUCUUCUGUUUUCCUUAAGAAAUAUAUCAGACACUUCCAGAUCAGUAGCCCCUGCUCGAUCCUUCGCUUUACGCGAAGCCGACUGUAUCAUUCUAAUAGGUGCAAGACUGAAUUGGAUGCUUCAUUUCGGCUUACCACCGAGACUCAGUAAGGAAGUUAAAGUUGUUCAGAUUGAUCUUUCUCCUGAAGAGUUCCAUCAGAAUAUACAGACAACCGUUCCUCUCCUGGGAGACAUUGGAGAAACGCUCAGUUCGAUGAUCACUAAUAUGGAUGACUGGCGUUAUUCCGAAAAGGGGAAGUGGAUGACCGACCUGUUAACGAAUGCCAACAAAAACAGAGCCGUAGUCGAGCAAAUGGCUGAAGAUCACUCAACUCCACUCAAUUACUAUGCUGCAUACACCCCUAUCCGAGAUUUUCUUGCAAAUAACGAUGUCAUUGUGGUCAAUGAGGGCGCAAAUACGAUGGAUAUUGGCCGAACAAUGAUGCCCUCGACACUCCCAAGAAGGCGUCUGGAUGCUGGAACCUUCGGUACUAUGGGCGUUGGACAGGGUUAUGCACUAGCUGCAGCACUAUACUGUCGCGAUCAUUCCCCCACUACCAAGGUACUGGUAGUUCAGGGGGAUAGUGCAUUCGGUUUUUCUGGCAUGGAGAUUGAAACUAUUGCUAGGUACAAGCUCCCCGUUGUUACGGUAAUUUUGAAUAACAGCGGAAUUUACCGAGGCAUGCUGCCAGAAGAUAUGAACGCAGUCGAAGGCGAUCCAACAUUACUUUAUCCAGUUCUGUCGCUAUCUCCUGAAUGUCGUUAUGAUGAAAUGUGUGCUGCCUUAGGAGGUGAUGGAUAUCUGGUGAAGACUGUGUCUGAAAUCAAGCACGCCUUGUCUAAGGCGUUUGAGAAGAAAAAUGGUCCAAGUCUUAUCAAUGCGUUUGAGAAGAAAAAUGGUCCAAGUCUUAUAAAUGUUAUCAUCUCAACAGACUCUGAACGGAAAGCUCAAGCGCAUCCUUGGCUGACUCGCUCGAAAAUGUAA